AUGGCGACUCAGAAGAGAGAUGCGAAGGGCAAGAAGCUCGCCGUCAUGAACAAAUAUGUCUACGACGCCUUCUUGUGGACGUUUUCUAUCCUGGUGGAGCUCUUCUUCCGAGAAGUGCAUCCCAGGAGUAGUUGGAAGGUGCCAAAGGAGGGACCUGUCAUUUUCGUGUGCGCCCCGCAUGCGAAUCAGUUUGUUGAUCCCCUCAUGUUAAUGCGAGUCGUCAAAAAAGAAUCCGACCGCCGAAUUCAGUUUCUGAUCGCCGAUAAGUCGAUGAAGCGCAAGUUUGUAGGCGCAAUGGCAGGUUUGACAGGUGUCGUGCCGGUAGGAAGAGCCAUGGAUAUGACGAAGCCUGCAGAGGGCAAAGUGUACCUCCCCGAUCCCAUCAACGAUCCAACCCUUGUUCGCGGUGUAGGCACCAACUUCGAAGACCCAAAGUUCCAAGUCGGCGGCUCGAUCGUAUUGCCCAAAGUAGAUAACAAGGCGGCGACCGCUGAGAUACUCGAGAUCAAAGGCCCCGAAGAGAUCAGAUUAAAGCGUGGCUUCAAGGGAGGUGUUGCCAUGCAGCAAAUGACUGGGCGAAAUGACAUGACCAAGGACGGCACAUUUGUUGGCGGAGCCGAUGCAAAGAAGGGUAUUGCUGAUGGUUAUGAGGGAACUCCCUUCCAGGUUGCGCCCAAGCUCGAUCAAACGGAGGUUUACGACGCGGUUCAUGCGGUUCUCCAUCACGGUGGAAGCAUCGGUAUCUUCCCUGAAGGUGGUAGCCAUGACCGCACAGAUCUCCUACCUCUGAAAGCUGGUGUUGCUAUUAUGGCGCUCGGUACAGUCGCAACGAAGCCAGACUGCAACUUGAACAUUAUUCCUGUCGGCAUGAACUACUUCCACGCUCAUAAGUUUCGAUCGAGGGCUGUCAUCGAGUUUGGUACGCCAAUCCACGUGCCACCCGAGCUAGCUCAGAAGUUUGAUGGACCUGGAAGACGUGAGGCCAUCGGCGAGAUGUUGGAGACCAUUCGCCAAGGACUCAUCUCUGUUACCGUUACGACACCAGAUUACGAUACUCUUAUGGUCAUUCAAGCUGUACGUCGCCUCUACAACUCCAAAGGCACCAAGCUCCCUCUUCCUAGAAUUGUCGAGCUUAAUCGCCGCCUUGUCCAAGGUUACGAACGAUACAAAGACGACCCUCGUAUUGUUGAGCUCAAGAAGGAGGUCACCACGUACAACGGCAAGCUUAAGGCGCUCGGCCUCCGGGAUCACCAAGUGCAGUACGCGAAGAUGCAUCCUAUCACGGCAUUCGGCCUGUUCUUUUAUCGUCUUGGAAAGCUUCUCUUCCUGAGUAUGCUCGUCCUUCCUGGAACGCUACUCUUUAGUUUGGUCUUUAUCGUCACUAAGGUCGUCUCGAUCAAGAAGGCGAAAGAGGCACUCGCCGCAUCGAACGUCAAGGUUCAAGCCAGAGAUGUCAUGGCCACAUGGAAGCUUCUCGUCGCCAUGGCUGCCGCACCAGCGGCCUACCUUUGGUACGUUUGCCUAGGACUCUAUUGGUAUUCCUACAACAAUUGCAACGGCUACCUCCCUGCCGGCAUCCAAAAGCGUUGGCUCAUUCUUCCUCAACUCGUUGUCUAUAUUACCCUCACAUACGGCGCUCUUCGAUUCGGUGAGGUCGCUAUGGACAUUUUGAAGUCACUGGGCCCCCUCUGGAAGAUGAUGAACCCCUUCUCCAACAGCGAACUCGUCAAGCUACAGGAGCGACGCGAGAAUCUAGCCCAGCGUGUGAAUGACAUUAUUAACGAACUCGGCCCGGAGAUGUACGAGGACUUCCACUCCAAGCGUAUCGUCGAGGAUCCUUUCGUCAAGCAGGAGCACGACCGUACACCACCGCAAAAGUCAGACGAGGACGCGAAGACAGAAGCAGGCCAAGACAUCGAGACAUACGAUUACCCUGCUUCACCUGGUUCCAUUAACGAGAUACCGCGCAACGAGUCGUUCCAUGAUCUUGCCAACCAAGACUUCUUUUCUAGUCGACCGCAGACGCCAAAGAAGAGCCGCAGCAGGAAUAGCAGCAGUGCGAACUUGAGCGGCUUCCAGCUCAAGCCUUUCAGUACCAUUGAUGGCAAUCUGGACGAGGUGAGGAGGAGGUUGACGGACGGUGUCAAGCAAAGGACAAGGAAGAGGAGGAGUAGCGGGGAAGGAAGCUGGGACGACGGUGAGGAUGGCGAAGAGUUGACCAUUGGCAGGAAAGACAGGUCGUAUACCAAGUAG